AUGGAUCAUAUACCGUCGUUGCCCAAGUCCAUCAAGGGGAACACCGAACUGCUCAUUUGGGUCGACCUUUUCUCGGGAUAUGUGAUUGCAAAGGCUAGCUCAUCACGGACGGCACAAACAAAAGCGGAGAAUUACGAAGAAUGUGUGUUUCGACGCUUCGGAGUUAGCGAGGCUAUCAGGCACGAUAGAGAACCGGGAUUUAUGUCCGACUUCUUUCGAGCCUUCAGUCGGAUCGUAGGACAAAAACAGCGUGCUACUAUGGCUUACAGGCCACAAGCAAAUGGAAAUGCCGAACGGAUGGUGCAAACCCUGACACAUUCGCUCAAGAUGUACGUGGAUGAAGUUGACCAGCGAGACUGGGAUGAGUAUGCUGAGCGUCUCACAUUUGCCAUUAACACUGCACAAGAUCGGAUCCGGGGGGAUACCCCGUUUUAUCUGAUUCAUGGGUGGGACCCGCGAUCGACUUUGGAGGCUACACUACCAGUGGGGAAUACGGGGACACGAGAUCGCGAUCCAAAGAGGUGGAGAUACAAAAUCCAAAGACAAUACCAGCGAGCCCGAUCUGCAGUGAACGAUCAUUUACAAGCCGCAAUCCAGGAGCGAGCGGAUCGACACAACGAAGAUCUGGAACCACACGAGAUCGAAGUAGGUAUACAAGUUUGGCUAUACCUGGAUCGAGUCAAAGAGGGAUAUGCGAAGAAGCUAGCGCAUAUGUGGCAUGGGCCAUUCCGAGUUGCGGACGUAUGUGGAGAUCAUGCUGUAAAAUUGGAGAUCGCUGGAACCCCAUAUCGGUUAUUUCCGAUCGUACAUUUAUCGAAGCUAAAAAAGGUAAAGACGUUCCCUGAACGCCCGAAGGAUCAGUUACGAUAG